AUGCCGCAGGAGCCGGUGGUGCGGUACGGGGGCUCGGUGCAGCUGAACUGCUCCCUGGCCUGCGCGGGGGGCACGGUGCAGUGGAAGGGGCUGGACACCAACCCGGGGAUCGUCACCUCCUUCCCCACCCACAGUGUCCUGCACAUCAGCAGCGCCGUGGUUGCCACGGAGGGCACCAAGAUCUGCCUGGGGACCUGCCAUGGGCGGCAGUACCAGCACUCUGUCUACCUGAGGGUCUACGCCCUCCCAGACACGCUGCAGCUGGAGGCAGAGCCCCGUGCCCUGGAGCCGGGGCAGCCUACGCGCCUGCGCUGCUCGGCCCAGCGG